AUGGCAUCACCAACGAGCGGCGCCCCUGACACCUUGGCAAGCAUCAAAUCCGCAACAUGGGUUGCCAGCGCUGUGCCAAUCGCUUUCGUCCUCCAUAUGAUGCUUUUCAGGAACAGCUGGAAUACUUCUGGGCUUCUGAGGAUUGAAUUUACUAAGUUGCUUGCAGUAGCGGCUUUUGUUUGGCUAGGCAAGGUGUCUGAAAUCGUUCCCGAGCCAUAUCUGGAUGAAGUAUUCCAUAUUCCCCAAGCACAGAGGUAUUGCAAAGGCAAAUUCUUGGAAUGGGACGACAAAAUCACUACUCCUCCAGGAUUAUACUGGAUAUCAAUAUUGAUACCCCAAGCAGCAAAAAGCAGCGGCUUAAUCGCUUCUUAUGCAUGCGAUCCCGAGACUCUUAGGGCAACCAACGUAAUUGGCGUCUUCGUGCUGAGUUACAUAGCCUUGCUUUGUCGGGAAGCAAUCGAAGCACGCCUUCACCAGGCGCACUCGCACCCAUCCAGCAGCAUCAGCGCCGCAUCUCAAUAUGCGGCCCACACAGCUUUCAACAUUGGUCUUUUCCCCUUGAUUUUUUUCUUUUCAGGGCUUUAUUACACAGAUGUGAUAUCUACGGCUGUUGUCCUCGCAGCCUUUUUGAACCAUCUUCAUCGCAUUGGCCGUGAUCAGAGCUCAUUUUUGAGCGAUGUUACGACCGUCCUCGUCGGACUGUGCAGUCUUGCCAUGAGACAGACGAAUGUAUUCUGGGUUGUUGUUUUCAUGGGAGGCUUGGAGGCUGUUCAUGCUGUCAAGAGCUUGCGGCCAAAGGCGAUUGUCCAACCGUACAUGACUUCGCUGUCGGAGCAGUUGUUGUUUUUCUUCAAGAGAUGGGCUGUUGGGCAUGUGCAUGAUUUGCCAUUGAACAUGGCAUAUCCCGAAGACAUGCUAUUCAUCGCCGUCAGUCUAAUAGUCGCAGCUCUCUGCAAUCCCAUUCGAAUUAUCAGGCAGAUAUGGCCCUAUGUCACCGUCUUGGCCGCCUUUGCCGGAUUCGUAGCAUGGAACGGCGGCGUGGUCCUUGGAGACAAGUCUAACCACGUUGCUACCAUUCAUCUGCCGCAAAUGCUCUACAUCUGGGCCUUUUUCGGCUUCUUUUCGCUCCCGCUUUUCGUUCCGUAUGCAAUCUUAGCAAUCGAUGCUGCACGAAGCGUGUUCAUCUCACGAAAGGAUAAAGCUACACCCAAGAAGAAGAAAGAUAAUGCAGCGUCUCAGCCAGCGCUGUCACUUCCACUGAAACUAUUUGCUUUCAUUUUCAACAAUCGACUUCUAUGGCCGCUUUACUUGGCCACAACUUUUGUCUUGUCCGGCCUUGUCGUCCGCUUCAACACAAUCAUCCACCCUUUUACUCUAGCUGACAAUCGGCACUACAUGUUCUACGUCUUUCGAUAUACUAUUCGCCGCGCACCUUGGAUCCGGUAUUUCCUCAUCCUGCCAUACACUGCCAGCCGCUGGCUCGUGUGGGGCACUCUCUCUGGCUGCACGAGCUUGAUCUCGGGAGUUCACAAAGACGCUUGCUCGGCAUAUUAUCACUCGUGUCGCCCAUCACCAUUCAUCUGUGAUCCAUUUGUCGUAGCGGAUGCCGAAACACCUACUACAAAGAAUUCCAAAGAGGAGACAAAGAAAGAUGCCAAGCUGGAUCCCCUCUCCUUCUCAACAGAGCCCCUCCCAACAUCUACCGGGCUCAUUUUCCUGCUCGCCACCAGCCUCUCGCUCAUUACGGCGCCACUGGUCGAGCCCCGCUACUUUAUCAUUCCGUGGGUCAUAUGGAGGCUUUUGGUGCCUGCCUGGAGAUUGCACGAUCAUCAAGCAAGAGAAGAUAGUCUGUUCGAUAGCGCCAGUUCAACAUCUGUCUGGUGUAAAUUUGUCAAUUUUUGUCGCGUUUACGACGUCCGGCUGAUUCUGGAAACGAUCUGGUUCGCUUUGAUCAAUAUCAUCACGGGGUACAUAUUCCUCUACAAGCCAUAUGUUUGGAAAGCUGAAGAUGGAAGUAUUCUCGAUGGAGGACGAUUACAGCGCUUCAUGUGGUAA